AUGCCGCUUUGCACUACUAAUCACCCAGCUAGAAGCGCGAAUAGAAGCGUACAGUGGCAUCGCACCUCUAUAGAAUUUAGCGGCAUCCGCAGUAGCGCAGCUAGUAGUGCAGCUAACUGCACUUCCACUUGCGCUACUGGCACACUUUGCCAGCUGGGCGUUCACUACCACAUUGUAGCCGGUAAAUUUCUGGAACCCGAAAUCCGCGAAAGACGUGAAAAUGAAAAAUAUUACGAAGAUAAACUCCUUCUCACCUACGACGUUGACGAGUUAUAUUCCAAAACUCUGCUCCCUGUUGUCAAAGUUCAACUAGCCCCCGCAGAUGAUUUCUUUUUCGCCAAUUGGGAAUCCGCCUCGCGACAUAAUGCCAUAACCGUUCCGAUGUGGAAAGAGUUGUUGGAACAGUGGCAAGCACUGGAGAUAUUUAUACGGAGAGUGGCCCAAAUAACCGAUUCGGUCGAAAUAAGAACAGGAGUUUACUACAAUACGCUCACUCAACCAGGACCUGAUGACGAUUCUCAAACAUUGUACUUAAAGGAUGGAAAACACCCAAUACCAAAGUACUUUUGGAAAGCUGUCUCCAUACAAACUCCAACAACUCUUCUUGAACCUGACUCCCGUGGAAUCUUAUUCGUAAUGCACAAUAAUACCGAUCCAAAUUUCAAUUCAAAUGAACGAAAAAUCUGUCCAAACGAUGAUGUCUCAGAAUUGGGAUGGAAAUUUUUACCAGACGAUCGAUUCAAGUCAUUGAUGUAUGGUUGUUUUUUGAACGAAGAAAAUUUAAAUUCUUUUCAAGAAAAAAUUUUCCCUUCGUAUGAUCAUAAACUGUUCGAUUUACGCGAUAUGCCGGUUAAAGAGUAUGAUGAUAAGGGUAUAUUUCCGACUGGUAUGAUUAAAAGAGUGAACGUUCUCGAUGAAAUUCAGAAAUUGCAGCAAGCUAAAAAUGGCGACAAUCAAAACCCUCCAAUGGCCGGAUAAAAUUUUCGUACUGUUUAAGACGAAUUUAACUCGGUAGACAAUACUAAUUUAUUUUUCCAUUCUGUAAGUAUAAUUUAAAUUAGAAUCAGUGUAACGAAGUUAGCUUUUAUAAAAUAAGUAGGCAGGUAUAGGUACCUAGAUAUUGUACAUUUUUCAA